AUGCGUUUGACUUCCACCGCCGCCGCUCUCGUCCUCGCCUUUACCUCCUCCGUCCUCGCCGCCCCGGGCUCCUUCCACGAGCGCCGGCAGGACAACAACCAGGCUCCUCCCGCCGACGCCCUCUCCGUUACCCAGAAGCUCCUUCUUGCUCCUCUUGCUGUCGACCGCUUCAAGAUCCUCACCAAGCCCGAGGACUUCAAGUUCAACCUCACCCCCGAUGACAUCCCCGAGGGCCAAGGCGGAAGCGUCAAGCUAGCUAACCGCGCCAGCUUCCCAGCCCUUGUUGGCACCGGCGCCUCCCUGGCUGUUGGCAGGAUAGCCCCCUGCGGUAUCAACACCUUCCACGUUCACCCCCGCUCCGCCGAGCUCCAGCUCGUCAUCGAAGGCAGCCUCGUCACCGAGAUGGUCCCCGAGAACGGCGCCGAACCCAUCCGCAACACCGUCAACAAGUUCGAGGUGACACCAUUCUACCAGGGCUCCAUUCAUCAUCAAUGGAAUCCGACCUGUUCAGACGCAUUUUUCGUCGCGGCGCUCCCCAAUGAAGAUCCAGGAACGGGCCAGCUCGUCAACAAUAUCUUUAAGCUUGACCAGAACGCGCUUCUCGAUACCCUCGACAACAGGUUCGACAGCGCCAUCUCCGGGGACUUGAUUGAGAAGAUCAAGCAGAACCUGCCUCAGUCCGUCGUCCAGGGUGUUCGGGCCUGCAAUGCUAAGUGCAAGCCUCAAGCUCCAGAGAACACUGAGCCGUCCAAAUAG